GAAAACGUGGAGUUUUGACGGUGUGUUCAUGAGGGGAUUUUAUCGGAAUUCACUACUGUUUUGCGACUAGAUUUCGAUAUUUCCGAACUUAUCCGUCAUUUAUCGAUCAAGCGGAAAGCGAAAAACCGGCUGGUAAACGGGAAAAAAUGGGGCAAAACCAGUCGUCAAAAUACGGUGAAGAUGUGGAACUUCAACGCACCAAUUCUGCCAUAGUACGCAGGGACCUCGAAAAGGAGUUCAAACAAUACUUCAAUGAGCAUGGCCGGCGAGGUGUUCCAAUCGGAGAGAUUCGUGACGAGAUCGGUCGUCGUGGAUUGUCAUCAAGUAUUCCACAGGACCGCUUUGAUGAGCUGCUUCAAAGGGCAGACAGAGACUCUGACAUGUUCCUUAACUUUGAUGAAUUCCUUAACAUGAUGGCCAGGGCAAGCGAGAGUGAAAGGUCCGCCCUCAGUAAGACCAUCGGCGUGGCUAUAGAAAACAUUGUGCCGUUACGAAUGCGACAAGACUUCCUGGCCAACUACACUUGCUGUCCCCCACCAUUGUUCAUGCUGCUCAUCAGUAUUGCUGAGAUCAUCGUGUUUGUGGUAUACGCAGGGGAGUUGGCAGAGAAAGGGGACCCUGUGACAGCCACGAGUGGUGUCCCCAUGUACAGUCCCCUCAUCUACAAACCACGUCGACGCUAUGAGGCCUGGAGGUUCAUCACCUACAUGUUCAUACACCAAGGCUACCUGCACAUUUUGUUCAACCUAAUCUUCCAGCUGUUACUGGGCCUGCCUCUGGAAAUGGUACACAAAUGGUGGAGAAUCCUGGUGAUUUAUCUGCUGGGGGUUUUGGCAGGUUCUCUGGCCCAUUCCGUGACAGAUCCAGGUAUUGCACUGGCUGGGGCUAGUGGUGGUUGCUACGCCCUGAUUGGUGCACACAUUGCUGCAGUCAUAACAAACUGGAAGGAGAUGAAUUACAAGUGUUGGGAUGGAAAUUUUUGCCGCAUGCUGCUAAGUGCUCCAGUCCGUCUCAUCAUCUUUGUGUCCUUGGCCGGGGCUGACACAGGCAUGGCCAUCUACAGGAGAUACUUUGAGGAGAUUGAACACAGGAUUGGGAUCUCGGCUCACAUCGGUGGAUUAAUGGCAGGCUUACUCUUGGGAGUACCAGUCCUGAGGAACAUCAAUGAACUACCGUGGGAGAAAACAUUGGGCUGGGUUACCUUGGCGAUAUACCUGGCUGGCGUGCUUGUGGCUGUUCUCUUCAAUGGACUGUACAAGGGCUACCCACUUACAGACUGGUCUCCCUGUUGCCCUUGACAACUGAACUGUCACCAUUUUGAAACUUUCACACAGUUCUCAUCCGCAAGAGCUACCCACUCACAGACUAGUCUCCCUGUUGCCCUAGGCAACCGGGCAGUCUGAAUUUUGAAACUUUCAUGCAGUUCUCACCUACAUGUACAAGGGCUGCCGACUGACAAAAUGGCCUCACUGUUGCCUGUGACAACCAGACGGACUCCAUUUUGAAACUUUCAUACAGUAUUCAUGUCCUAGGUCUACCCAGUGGUGGAAGGGCUUUAUUACUGUUGUCUGUGACAACUGGACAGCCUACAUUUUGAAACUUCCAUGCACUUCUCAUCUACAAGGGCUACCCACUGAUGGAAUGGCCUCUCUGUUGCCUGUGACUCAUCUUCAUGUUUUUUUUAUCUCUGCUGACUUCUUUCAAGUGUGUGCACAAGCUGUGAUAAUGCCAGUGUGGGGUCUACUUGGCCCAGCUGGAAAACACAGGUUGUCAGUGUUUGGAUUUAUACUAUUGUGUGUGCUGUGUAGGCCAUCUCUAAAGUUGUGAUUGACAGGAAUCAAAUUCUUUGUGAUACCAGCAAGGAUAUAUCGCUAUAACUUAAUGGGAAACUUCAUUUCUUUUCACUGGGAAUUCAUUUUAAAGGAACCUACCUCCAAGCUAAAUCAGAAAGAUUAGUGGUUAUCUUUGAAUCCAUCUGGACAAACGUGUGUGAACCUCAAGUUGUGUCUGACAAAAGUGAAACUGUUGCCGAAAGCUGCAAUCCGCGAUUGAAAGGUUUUGUACAAAGUUUAUACUGUGACCUUUUCCCUGCUGUGACUUUUUUUCUUACAGUGAACUUUAAUGGCACAAGAAUGAGAUUUUUCUCAAAUUUGCAUGUGUAAAUACUGUCAUCAAACUCCCAUCUUUCUCAUAUAUGCUUUCUGCAACAAAAGAACAAAUUGACUUAAAUGGAAGCUGGUCAUAGAUCAAAUAACUUCUUGUGAAUCCCUGAAAUUUUUGCUGUAUUUUUUUAUUUGUGGGUGAGUCACUUAUAUAUUUAUAAGAUUCUAUUCUCUUCUUUCAAAAUAAGGGACUAUUACUAUGUGCUGUGUUUUCUUUGUCAUCUACCCGAGUCAUCACGUAAGCAUUUUUGUCUGUGAUAUUUCAUAUGCAUGAGCACCACAUCAGUGUGUUUACCCAGUCCACUAGUAUACACAUGUAAACUAGAAUCCUAGUGAUCCGUGGAGACCAGCUUAGCAUUACAAUGCUGAACAUGUCCUGUGUAUUCAUUGCUUGGGAUUGAUAUAUCACAGAUUAGCUAAAUAUUCCCACACUUGUGCAAGCACUGGCAUUA